AUGCCUAACUUUUGGACCUCUUUAAUUUUUGUUUUGUUCCUAAAUAUUUAUGAGUGCUUUAAAAUAAAAAAAUUUCAAUACAUAAAUACUCAUCCUCUCUAUAGAAAUAGUUAUAUUAAAAAAUGCAACACAUUAUUACAUAAGGGAUUAUAUAACAAUCCUACGUUUCAAAUAAAAAAUGUUCAAGAGCAUAAUGAGCACACCAACAAAUUCGAUGACACUUAUAUAUAUCACACUCCCGUUUUAUUGAGUGAAGUGAUAUAUUAUAUGAUGAAUGAUGAGGAAACUUCUUCGUUCUCAUCAUGUGAUAAAAAUGGGAGUGAUAAUAAAGAUACAAAUUGUUAUAUUAAUAAUAUAAAUAAAAUAAAUAAUAUAAAUAAUAUAAAUAAUAUAAAUAAUAUAAAUAAUAGUAAUAGUAGUGUAUGCCAUAGAUCCAUUUUAGAAGAAAAAGAGUGCCAUCCUAAUAACAACAUAAAUACAUCAAACAGAAACAUAAAGAAUUACUAUUCCUUAAAUGAAAAAAAAAUAGAAUGUAUUGAAGAAAAUACGAAUGCAAAAAGUUCAAACUAUUUGUGUAAAAAUAGUUCAACAAUAAAUCAUAAAAAUGAACAAGUUAAUUAUUAUAUCGAUGCCACCUUAGGAGGAGGUGGUCAUACAUUAGAAAUUUUAAAUAAAAUUUCAAACUGUAAAGUAAUAGGAAUAGAUAAAGAUAUAGAAGCAUUAUAUUACAACAAAAUAAAAUUAAAAACAUAUAUUAAUAAUAAUAAAUUAAAAUUAAUACAUGGAGAUUAUAGAAAUAUUCUACAUUUGUUAUACUCACACUCACUUCCUAUAUUCAAUUAUUAUAGCGGAAUAUUAAUAGAUUUAGGUGUUUCUUCUCAUCAAUUAAAAUGUAGUGAUAGAGGAUUCAGUUAUAAAUAUAAUGGUAUCUUAGAUAUGAAUAUGAAUAAAUAUACAGAAAAGCAAUAUUUGUCAAAACUAUAUAGAAAUGAUAAUGAACAUAUAAACGAUAUUAAUGAUAUUAAAAAAAAAAAAAAAAAAAAUGGUUCCAAUAAACUUCAUAAUAUUUUAAAUACUUAUAGUUUAAAAAAAUUAAAAUUUAUUAUAGAUACAUAUGGUGAAGAAAAAAAAGCUUUAAAAAUAGCUAAAAAAAUUAUACAGUGGAGAAAAGAAAAUGGAAAUAUAUUAACAACAUUUCAUUUGAAAAAUAUUAUACUUUCAACUUGUAAACAAAAUUAUAAAUCUAAUAAUAAAGUUUUGUCAAGAGUAUUUCAAGCAUUUAGAAUUUAUAUUAAUCAAGAAUUAAAAGCAUUAAAACAAUUAUUAAUAUCUUCUCAUAAAUUACUAAUAACUGGCAAAAAAUUAAUUGUAAUUACAUAUCAUUCUUUAGAAACAAAAUGUAUUGAAUUGUUUAUUAAAAAAAAUAAACAUAUGUGGACAAAAAUCAAUCAAAAUGCUAUUAUUCCAACUGAUGAAGAAAUAAAAUUAAACAAGUCAGCACGCUCGGCCAAAAUGUUCAUUUAUAAAAAAAAUUAA